AGCCUCUCCCCGCACACCCAGUUCUUUUUUCUUUCUUAUAGUUCCCGCCUCUUGUUUUUCAUUGGUUUUGGCCAACGGCUCAAGGGGAAGUGUGUGAGAUGUGCGCUAGGAGGAAAAAGUUUUGUUUGUAAGCUUAGCAAAGAAGAGGGGGAGGAUUGAUGGAACGCGGAUAUCUUUUUAGUCUACUUUCUUUCCUUCGUGUUGUGCGUGCGGCUCGGCUGGGAGUGCCUCGCACUGUGUUUACUGUAUAUUGGCCACUCCUGCAAAAGGUUCUUUGCCCCUUGCGCGGACGCGGAGCGGGGCCAGCUUCCCGAGGAUCGUUCACUCCUUUGCUCAGUCAGCGAGUGAGCGCGCGGCACCGCAGCCAGCAACCACUGUAAAAAGAGCCUCCUUUCGCUCCUCCUCCCUUUCUCCCCCACUCCCCGAUCUUGGGAUUGCCUCAGUCUUUCGGCAUGGGUAGCGAUUGAGAAACUGAAGCAAAAAGAGAAAGGUGUUGCUGAGCAGAGUUAGCGUGGGGGCGACCGAGAAAAAGCGCAGCGAGUGGAUUCAAACUUUCGGACCACAGGCUCGAUUUGCCGAGCGCUGGCGCUCCGGAUUGUCGCCGCACACGUCCAGGAUGGGGCACGGAAACCGCCGAUCUGCGGGAGUUUCAGCAACAGGCGCGGAAACUUUAGGGUCGAGACGGGUCUCUACUGCUGCUGCCCUCUUCGCUUUGCUAUUGAGCACCUUUAGCUCUGCUAUAGAUCAAAAGAAAGUUUGUCAAGGAACAACCAAUAAGCUAACCCAACUUGCAAGUGUGGAUGACCACUAUAACAACCUUAAGAGAAUGUAUGAGAACUGUGAAGUAGUGCUUGGCAAUCUGGAAAUCACUUACGUGGAUUACAACUAUAAUCUUACUUUUCUAAAGAGUAUACAAGAAGUGGCUGGCUAUGUGGUUAUAGCAAUGAAUGCAGUGAAAACUAUUCCUUUGGAGAAUCUCCAGAUAAUACGAGGGAACACACUUUAUGAAAAUGCUGCACUAGCAAUUUUAUUAAAUCACAAUGGUACAAAGGGACUUGAAGAGCUGCCAUUAAGACACUUGACAGAAAUUCUAAAUGGAGGAGUAAAGUUCAGGAGUAACCCUUAUCUCUGCAACAUGGAAAAUGUUCUGUGGGAUGACAUUUUUGAUAAAAAUAAUUUUCAGAGUUUUGUACAGUUUGACACCAGUGAAAAAACAAAGGGGUCAAUAGACUCUCACAUAUCCUGUUCUCCUUGUCAUCCGAAUUGCACAAGAGAGCAUUGCUGGGGUCCUGGUGAAGAGAAUUGCCAAAUAUUAACUAAGAUUGACUGUGCAGCACAGUGCUCAGGUCGAUGCAAGGGAAGAUUGCCAAGUGACUGCUGUCAUACUCAGUGCGCAGCAGGAUGUACAGGUCCUAAAGAAAGUGACUGCUUGGCAUGUCGCAAGUUUUCGGAUGAUGCAACUUGCAAGGAGUCUUGUCCAGCUUUACAAAUAUACAAUCCCUAUACUUACCAGUUGGAAGAUAACCCAGAAGGAAAGUACAGUUUUGGAGCAACUUGUGUAAAAAACUGUCCACAUAAUUAUGUAGUAACAGAUCAUGGCUCAUGUGUCCGAUCAUGUAAUGCAGACUCUACAGAAGUGGAGCAGAAUGGCAUUCGAAAGUGUAAAAAAUGUGAUGGUCCUUGUAGCAAAGUGUGCAGUGGAAUUGGAAUAGGUGAACUGAAAGAUGCUCUUGCAGUAAAUGAAUCCAAUAUUGAUUAUUUCAAGAACUGUACCACAAUCAAUGGUGAUCUCUCAUUUCUGCAUGCAUCCUUUUUUGGUGAUCAAUACACAAAAACACCUCCUUUGGAUAUAAGGAAAUUGGGUAUUUUUAAAACUGUUAAAGAAAUCACAGGGUUUCUAUUGAUCCAGGUUUGGCCUAAAAAUAUCACUGAUUUGAGUAUUUUUGAAAAUCUGGAAGUAAUACGAGGUAGAACAAAACGGUUAGGUCAAUACGCUCUUGCAGUAAUCAACCUGAAUAUCAAAUCUUUGGGACUACGGUCUCUCAAGGAAAUAAGUGAUGGAGAUGUAGUCAUUUGGAAAAACAGCCACCUUUGCUACAGCAAUACAUUGGAUUGGAAUAAACUUUUUGUAACACCAAAACAAAAAAUGCAAAUAAACAAUAAUGGAAAUGAAAGUGAAUGUGCUGGACAAGUUUGCCAUCCCUUCUGCUCAAAUAUAGGCUGCUGGGGCCCAGGACCCUUCCAGUGCUUUUCUUGCCGUUAUUUUAUCCGCCAACAGGAAUGUGUAAAACAUUGUAAUAUUUAUCAAGGAAUGCCUCGAGAAUAUGAACAAAAUUCUAGUUGCUUUCCCUGCCAUUCAGAAUGCCUUGUGCAAAAUUCAACUGAACCUUAUUUAACUUGCACAGGACCUGGUCCCGGCAACUGCUUGGAAUGUGCUCAUGUAAUAGAUGGCCCACAUUGUGUUAAAUCAUGUCCUGCUGGUAUUUUGGGAGAAAAUGAUACCUUAGUCUGGAAAUAUCCAGAUGAAAAUUUAGUAUGUCAGUUGUGCCAUCCAAAUUGUGUUCGUGGAUGCAAAGGACCUGGACCCGAAGGCUGCCCUAAUGGAUCUAAAAUCCCAUCCAUUGCAGCCGGAGUUGUUGGGAGCAUUCUUUGCUUAGUUGUUAUAACCCUGGGUGUUGGUCUUUUUGUGCGUAGACGUCGGAUUGUUAGAAAACGUACUUUGCGCAGACUGCUGCAAGAAAGAGAGCUUGUUGAACCUUUGACACCAAGUGGGGAAGCACCAAAUCAAGCACUUCUAAGAAUCUUAAAAGAAACAGAAUUUAAAAAAGUAAAAGUCCUUGGCUCUGGAGCUUUUGGUACUGUCUAUCAGGGUCUCUGGAUUCCAGAAGGAGAAAAAGUUAAAAUUCCUGUAGCCAUUAAGGAAUUAAGAGAAGCUACAUCACCAAAAGCUAACAAAGAAAUUCUUGAUGAAGCAUAUGUGAUGGCAAGUGUUGACAAUCCCCAUGUGUGCCGUUUGCUGGGAAUUUGCCUCACAUCAACUGUCCAACUCAUCACCCAGCUUAUGCCCUAUGGCUGCCUUCUUGACUACGUUAGAGAACACAAAGAUAACAUUGGAUCCCAGUACCUUCUCAACUGGUGUGUGCAGAUUGCAAAGGGAAUGAAUUACUUAGAGGAACGUCGUUUGGUACACCGUGAUUUGGCUGCCCGAAAUGUCCUUGUUAAGACACCCCAGCAUGUGAAGAUUACAGACUUUGGAUUGGCCAAAUUACUUGGUGCAGAAGAAAAGGAGUACCAUGCUGAAGGAGGCAAAGUUCCAAUUAAAUGGAUGGCUUUGGAGUCAAUUUUGCAUCGCAUUUAUACCCAUCAGAGUGAUGUUUGGAGUUUUGGUGUCACUGUUUGGGAAUUAAUGACAUUUGGAUCUAAACCAUAUGAUGGUAUUCCAGCCAGUGAAAUUUCCUCUGUCUUGGAGAAAGGAGAACGGUUGCCUCAGCCCCCCAUAUGUACAAUUGAUGUGUAUAUGAUCAUGGUCAAAUGUUGGAUGAUUGAUGCAGAGAGUCGUCCUAAAUUCAGAGAGUUAAUAGCAGAAUUCUCCAAAAUGGCUCGGGAUCCACAACGCUAUCUUGUCAUACAGGGAGAUGAAAGAAUGCACCUGCCCAGCCCAACAGAUUCCAAAUUUUACCGGAGUCUAAUGGAAGAAGAAGACAUGGAGGAUAUUGUGGAUGCAGAUGAAUAUCUAAUUCCUCAUCAAGGAUUUUUCAGCAGCCCAUCAAACUCACGAACACCCCUCUUAAGCUCAUUGAGUGCUACAAGCAAUAAUUCUGCAGUAACAUGCAUAGAUAGGAAUGGGCAGGAACAUCCAGUGAGAGAAGACAGCUUUGUCCAGAGAUAUAGUUCAGAUCCAACAGGAGUUUUCCUCGAUGACAGUCUGGAUGAUGGCUUUCUGCCUGCUCCAGAAUAUGUAAACCAGCAAGUGACCCCAAAAGAAGCAAGUGCAUCUGCUUCUAUGGUACAAAAUCCAGUCUACAGCAUUUUCUCCCUUCCCAUUGAUCCAAAGCCUAUGAAUGAUUCAAAUCAUCAAAAGCUGCAUAACACAGCACUGGAUAACCCAGAAUAUCUCAACACAAGUUUCUCGCCUUUGGCUAACACAGUUUUUGAUAGCUCCUCCUACUGGGACCAGACAACCAACCACCAAAUCAAUCUGGACAAUCCAGACUACCAGCAAGACUUUUUGCCCAGAGACAACAAGCCUAAUGGCAUUGUUAAACUUCCUCCAGCUGAGAAUCCAGAAUACCUAAGGGUAGCAAUGCCAAAAAAUGAAUACAUUGAAGCCUCAGCAUGACUCUGAUAGAGGCUUUGAAUUGUCUCAGCAAUGUAGGAAAGAAACACAGAUGAAAGAAUUGUUUGCUGUAUAUGGUUAGGUUAAAAAUCAUUAUUACAUUUUGUAGUACACUUUUAUCUUCCAAGUGUCUGUACUGUUUCAGCAAGUUUGCCUAGAAUUUCAUUUAUUUCAGUGUUUAGAAAAGAUGCAACAAAGAACCAAGAAUUAUCAACCAGCAAGCAAUGUUUUUUCUUAAGCUAUAUAUACAAGUACAGCAUUUUUCUGAAUAUUAACUGCUGUAUUAAGCAUCCACCAUAAGUCCUUUUGAUACCAUAUCUUUUAUAGGUCAUUUGUGGUGGUACUUUUAAAAAGCCUUUAUGAUGGCAAAUGACAAGUUUAUGCCAUGUAGAUCAUAGUGAGAGGAGCACAGAGUAAGUGGAAGGACUUAGACUCAAGUCAUUUUGCCAGUCUCCUUAACAGAGUUACCAGCAGUUUGAUUUAAAGAGAAGCUUGUUCCUAUCCUUCAGUCCAGCUAGUUGAACACCAUCUUAUUUGCUAUUUUAUUUGCAAUGAAAAUAGUUCUUUUUAAAAUGUGAGAAUUCUGUUCAAUAUAACCUUUGAUUACAUUGGGAGAAAGAAUGCUUAGUUCUUCAUACAGCACACACUGCCACUACUAUUGCUGGGAAAUUCUGCAGGUUUCAAUUCAGGAAUGUUGAUAAAAUUCAAAAAGUUAGACAUUCAGGAAUGAUCAUCAGGUACUCUGUCACAUGUCUCUGUAAUGCUCAUUGUAGAUAUGAGUAGCAUUGUUGUCUGUUGUGGUUUUGUGUUUGUAUCUUAGUUUCAUGAUUUUAAAAAUAUGAAAAAUGAACUUAAACAUCUGCAAAUGGAAAACAUUGAUUCUUGUUUUGCACAUACAAACAUUCCACUUCACUGCCUUGCUACAUUUAAACACAGUAUGUAUAUAAAGUGGUGAAGAAAUGCCAUUCGGCUAAAAUCAAAUUAUUACAUACAUAACUGCAUGCACUAAGGAUGGAUGUUGGGGAAAUCUAUUACAAAAACUGAAAAAAAAUCUAUGCGGUGACUCAAUACCCAUUUAUCAUGAUUUUAUGCAGAAAUUAUUGGUAGAGAAAAAAUAUUAACCUUGGAGAUAAUUGCAUUGAGAGAAAAUAUUUCUGUACCAAAAUUCAGCAUUAUAUGAUAAAUAAAACCAGUUAAUUUGCAGGAGUCAUAUGAAGCAUAAUUCAACAGCUGCAUUUAAAUAGGUAAAUUAACUUAUUCUCCCAAAAUAUACCAUCAAUGUAGGAUGGUUUUCAGACCAAUCAUUAUAUAUUAAACUGAUGUUUUAAUACAAUGCUUGAACCUAUUUUUACUCAGAACUAAAUCUGACUGAAUUGAAUACAGUUGUCUCUGUAAUAGUAUAUAGGAUUGCAGUCUAGUAGUGUAAUACAGUAUAGGUCUAAUUUUAAAAUAAGAUCUAUUAAAAUUGGUAGGAUUUAUUUUUGUACUAAUAUUCACAAUAUAUUAGCUUGACUAAGCCUGGCUCCAUUGAUUCUCCUGGUCUCUUAUCUCCUGGGAGAGGGUAGCAGUGCUGUCUAAUACUGUUAUCCCUCUUAUUUUGAGUUUAUGACUUUGAUAUAAAGCCACUAUACAUCAAUUUCCAUAUUGUUCAAAUAACAGUGAAUGUAAUAAUUAGAAUCACUGCCUUAAUUACAAAUGAAAAAUCAUUGAGCAAUAAUUAUUCCUCUUUUUAAGGAUACUAUAAAUUCUGCUAGUAAAGUACAUGUAGAAAAUAGCCCUGGGUAUAAUUCAUUAUUUUGGAUUAUGGCAUUUCAUAUCCCAGGAAAUAUAAGGUAAAAAUAAUCACACAGUGGGGGGGGGGAUCACACACAUGAAUGGUUAAAUAGUUCACUAUGAAGCACCAAUCAUCAUGAAUAUCUAUUCUUUACAAUGUUGAUUUGGCUCUGGGUAAUGGAAACGAAAGACUAUAGAAACAAUACAUUUAUCUGAAAACUCUGAAUUGGAGAAAACAAAUCCAGUAUCUUACUGUGAAAGUAUUUCAAAUAUUUUACAUAUUAAUUGCAUAGAAGAGAUAAGACUUAAGGAUGCCUGCAUAUAUGCUGAUGGUGGAUGCUAUCUGUUUGUGUCAAAUUUUCAAUUAUAUGAACCAUAUCUCUCCACAUUGUAUAACAUAUAUUACUUGUAUUAUGAUCUGGCAGUUUUGGCUUUGAUUAUGUCUAGCAGUCAUGUUUUUAUGGUAGCCUCAUUUCCUUUUACUAAUGAUUCUGAACUUAAUUGCAUUUUCCAGUGAAUUUGGCCAAAAUAUAUAAAGCAAAUGAUUCUGGCUCUAUGUUUAUUUUUAUAUGCUCCAUAUUUGCUUGUUUGUUACAUUUACUAUAUAAGGAAUGUGCAAGAGCCUUUUCCAACACCACAGCUUGAACAAGUCAGUUUUUUUUAGGGUCUAACUUUUGUAGCCAUAGGUAACUAUGGGAAAUAUGAUAGUGUGAGCUAAUUCUUGUUUAAUUGCCAGUAUGCAUAUGUACUAGAUACAUGCAAUGAACUGUAUAUACGUUUCCUGCUCUGAUUUGCAGGAAUUAGUCACAAUUCCUGCAAAUCAUUUUUAUGCAUUCUAUAUGCAUGAAGUCAAGUAUACAACUUAUUUUCUUAUAUAGCAGGGAGAUAUACAAUGUAAAACCACUUUGGAUUGCUACAUAUAAUGAUUUUUCCUUUGAAAACUAAUACUGAUUCCCAAGCAAAAGGUUUGUGUAAAUUGUGGUUACAUAUGAAGUCAUCCUAAGUGCAAGAUAUUUUGCAUUUCUGAACAAUGAUUUCAUUUUUGGGACUUA